AUGUCAACCAAAGCCCCAACCCCCCUACCCCAGGUCGGGAAGCUCUUGAGCGUUGUCCCGGUCGGUCUCAAAGAAGCCGCCCUCGACUCGCCCACCUUCCGUGCCACGACCCUCCACUUCUCCGAUCAAGUCGAGUUCAUAGAGAAAUGGCUUGAUGGAUACGCAAAGGCUGCCACCAAGCUCUCCUCUGAGCUGACUGCUCUCGAGAGCGUUGUGAGCAGCUUUCUUUCCUACUCAACACACCCUCUCGUGGUCUCCGAAGCGGUCGUUGAUCAUGAUUACACACUUUUGGCCAUGAGGAGGUGCGGGGAGGGCUCGAAAGAUCUUUGGAAUGGAUUGAUCACAACAACUAGAAAGUUGGAGUCGCUGAUCUCUGAACCUAUUCGAGACUUCAUCCAGGAGGAUCUGCGCCAUUUCAAGGACAUCCGGCGCAACCUCGAGCAUACUCAAAAACAGUACGACUACCUACAGGCUCGAUAUGCCUCGCAGUCAAAAUCAAAGGAAGCCUCGGCUUUGAGAGAAGAGGCGUUCCAGCUACACGAGGCCCACAAGAAUUACCUCAAAGCGUCGAUGGACUUUUCAGUCCAGGCACCCCAGUUGCGGAAUGCUCUGGAUCGACUCUUGGUCAAGGUUUCCUUUGACCAAUGGAGGGAGUUUCGGGGAUUUCACAACCACAACGGCGGCACUUUCUCGAAAUGGUCCCAUGAGAUGGACCGUGUCAAGGGCUGGUUGCAUGAAAUGGAGGGUAGUGAACGUCCGUCCAGGAAAGAGCUGCUCACCACCAGAAAGUACAUCGAGGAGGCCGCGGAGAUUGCGGCUCGACCGUCUCGAGAAUUGGAGGACUACAACAUUUCGACUGUUCCAUACCUCGGCUCUCGCCCUAUAUCAACACCUAACGUGGGUAAAGGGACGAGGCCAGAGAAGCAAGGUUGGUUGUACCUGCGCACCCUGUCGGGAAAACCUACUCGUACUGUUUGGGUCAAGCGUUGGGCUUUUCUCAAGCACGGAAUUUUUGGGUGUCUCGUGCAGGGAUCUCGGACUGGCGGUGUCGAAGAAAGCGAUCGGAUUGGCGUACUGCUAUGUAGCAUUCGUCCUGCGUUCCAGGAAGAACGGCGGUUCUGCUUCCAAGUGAAGACCAAGAACAACACUAUUUUGCUGCAGGCUGAUAACCAAAAGGAGCUUAUGGAGUGGAUCGGCGCUUUUGAGUCUGCUAAGCAGAAAGCGCUGGAAAACCCUGCAAGCACCGAUCUCUCUGUUUCUGGAAAAGUCACAGUUCAAGACCCUGCGUUUUCAAUCUCUCAGCCGCCUGCUCCCGAGUUCGCUGCGGACCCUGCAGAUUCCCUAACCCCGCAUGCACAUGAGGAGCCGGGCGCAUUGGAUCGUAGCAUGACACUUCCUGUUCCGGACCGUGAUGGAUAUGCUAUGCGAAACAGUACCGAUAUUGGAAACGGCCGAAGACCCACAGGCCUGGAUACCGAAGGUUCUACAAGAGAGCAUGCUAAAGAUCAUACCUCCCGACUCAUUCAAAAGCUGGAUCUUCACCGCAAAUCGAACAAUGCGGCCCCGAUAUCUCCUUCCAUCCCCGGUCCAGUAGGUGGGAUAGCCAGCCUUAUAUCUGCCAGCCAUAACAUUCUCCCUUACAGCGGCACUGUCUCAAUCAGCCCGAAUGAUGAUGGUGCCAACCGGGGUCGCAGUUUGACUCAUGUGGAUGACACCGGUUCAAGCCUUGCGCCUGCUACACUCGUCAAUCCUCCAUCAGCCACAAGUAUGAGCAAAGCCGCUGUUGUUGUGAGCAAUGAAAGAGGCAUUGGUUUGGGUGUUUCAGAUAGCACAGGUGGCAUGCCCAGCGGUAUGAUGGCGAAUCUGUGGGGUAGUUCCAACUGGGGCUUCGUGAACAAGCUCCAACGUGAACAACGUGAGAUAGAUGCAGCACAUGACACCUCAGAAGGCCGGCCAUCUUCUACUGACCGCACAACAUCAGCAAUUGCCGCCCAACCUGAUGUACCGAGUGGCUCUGAGACUAAAACGCCACCAGGCCGACGGCACAGACAGACUGUGAGCCUUGAUGGAGAUGAGGUUAAGCUCACGCAAGCCUCACUAGGCAUCGGACAUGAGUAUCCCAGCUACUAUCCUCAGCAAUUGAGGAUUCAAGAUGCCCAGUUCCGUUUACUCUUCCCAGACAUCAAGAGGGAGGAGCCAUUAGUGUUGGUGUUCACGGCUACGUGGAGUCCAAAUGACCAGCAAGAGUUCCCUGGACGAGCAUACAUCACCACAAGGAAUAUCUAUUUCUACAGCAACCAUUUCGGACUGGUCCUGACGACUGGUGUAUCUCUUGAGAGCAUCAAAGAGGUCACAGCAGCUUCUGGGCGAGACUGUGAUUUCCUUUUCCUUCACACCAUCCCGCCACUAGGUAGUGAUACCCCUGGCCGAAUCACGAUCAAAACUUUCCUUGAACCCCUCAAGCUUCUUCAAAAACGUCUCAACUUCUUGAUCCAAGGGUCGAUUGCUGUCGAGCAGUUGUCCUUGCAAUCUCUGCUCAAAGCACUGAUUGAUAUGGGCUCAGUGUCUCCAACCCGCUCGUCCAGUGCAGAUAGCUGGGAAGAUUUCACCUCCGGGCUCGCAGACAUCAAGGGCAAUGGCAGGCCUGCUGCUCGUAGUCGUGAAAAAGACCUUCGACUCCCUAUCUACAUUGACAAAGAUCUUGACCUGGAUGCAGGCAAGGGUGCCCGAGGUCGAGAUAUAGCAAAGUUCAGACUCCCUACACAGCCCGUAGAGUAUGUUCCACAAGGUGACCUUGUUCUGGCCACCGAAAAGAUCCUCGAUAUCAGUCCCAAAGCCUUGUUCCACAUUUUGUUUGGCGACAAGAGUGCCGUGUGGCAGCUUCUGUUGCACGAGAGACAAGCUCGAGAAAUUAAACAGGGCCCGUGGAUUGCCACAGAAUCAUCGCAUCUGAGACGCGACUUCCACUACAAAAUUGGAGCGACAGAUGUUCUCGGCCGUACCCAUGAAAAUGCGAUUUCGGAUUAUCAGAUCAUCGAUGUGCUCAACGACCAUCUGUGCUAUGUGGUAACAGAUAAAAAGACUCCGUGGCAUCUUCCUUUUCGACGUUCCUUCAGGUUGGUCAGUAAGGUUGUCAUCACGUUCCAUGCCAAGUCAAAGAGUAAACUCGCCGUGUACACGAAAGUCGAAUGGGUGUGGUCCCCCUACGGCCUCAAAAAUAUGAUCGACAAAAAAGCAAGUGAUGAUCUGGAGCAAGACGCCUUGGAUCUUGUUGACCUAGUCAGCGACCAAGUACGUCGGCUGGGUGCCCACAGUCGUACCAAAAAGGCGAUCACAAUCUUCGGCCAUAUCGGACGCCAAAGCCAGGUCUCCCAGUUCAGUGGUGCCGGCUCUGACCUGAAGUUGGAACCUCGCAAGCCUCGUACACCGCGUGGCGUGCACGAGUUACUUUUAGAAACGUUCCUUUCGUUCCUAGAAACCAGCGUUUCGUUCCUGAUGAUGUGGGCAUUCGAUGUCGUCCGCUGGUCCUGGAAGACUAUCAGUGCACACAAGAUAAUCCUAGCUUUGUUGGCCACAAGCGCAGUCAUGAACGGAUACUAUUCCUCGCGGGAUAGCUGGGACUGGUGGCACGAGCGGCAUGCAGGCAACUUCAUGGCCCGCCUCGGCGUCCAACCAAAUCUCGUUAUGAGCAAAGCGAUCUACAUGCACGAUAUCGACGAGGCAGUUGCGAAUUCCACAAUCUGGUCCGGGUCCGGAAAUGCCAGCGAAUGCUUCGCUACUUUCCACGAGCAGUCCAUGCGUUAUGCAGAGAUGCCCUUGUCAUUCAGCUUGUCGGGUCCUCGCGAUGCUUUGGCCAAGAGUGCUACCAAGCGCUUCCAGCAGACUCGCGAGCGCCUCGGCAUGUACCGGCAUAACCUCCUCGUCGCAUUACGUGUUGUGAAUAGUAUUGAGAAAGAGGUCAUUCAGACUGAAUGGGAGCGUUGGCUCCGCGAGGAGAUCCGGCGCUGUCGACAGGUCGAGGUUCUGCUUGGUAGCGAGACGGAAGGUGACUCGCAGGGCCGAAUCGCUCAAGCGGAGCGUGUCUUCGCUGAGCACGCCGAUAACGUCAAGCAGUGGUAUGAGGGAUACUGCUCGAGUUGCCGGUUGGAACAAGAACAGUCCGUAUUCAAUGACCGGGGUGACUUGAUUCCUUGA